GGAAGGACAGACCGCAACAUCGGCAGCCGAAACCAAAAGCUGUCAUCAGCAGAAAUCUGAUGAGUAUAUAAAAACGUGUCCAGUCGGUGGCAAAAUCAACAGUUUUACAGUUGCUGCGAACACAGCAAGGUAAUACGAACCAAAAAGUAAACAUCAACAGUUUCAACCAAAGGACCUCAUCAUAAACCAACAAUGAAGCUGCUGUCCUUAUUCCUUCUGGCCUAUAUUGCUUAUUCUACUGCUAAAGUGGUUCCUGCUUCGACUAGCAAUCACCUGAGCAUUGACCAGCAUGGCAAAAGGGUUUAUGCGGAUGUGGCCGAGGAUAAAUGCGACUACUAUUGUCCCGAAAAGGAUCCUACGGUGUGUGCCACCAACGGACAAUGCCUCCUGAAGUUUGAGAGCCGCUGUGCCAUGACAGCCUACAACUGCCGCAAUCCCCAGAAAAUGUUUAAGCUCGUGGAGGACCAUCGUUGCACGCAGGACUGGCAGCCUCUUUGCAUGGAGUCGGAUCUCAGGGAAUUUGGCUUGUGA